GAGAAAGAGAGAUAGAGAGAGAGAGUGUGUCCGUUGCGGCGGAGGAGAGGGAAACUUUUGCCGUGAGCUUGGGCUGAGGAUUUGGUUGUUAAUUCUCAAGGAACAGGCGAGAUUAACGAUACACGACUGAAGAUGGCGUCGGCGGGAAGUUAUGACCAGUCAGCGUUGAACAGACGGCCGUCGCGUAGCGCCGCGACCACCAUGUUCUCGACGGAGGUAUUUGAUAAUGAGGUGGUCCCGUCCUCACUCCAGUCUUCUAUUGCCCCAAUUCUCCGUGUUGCUGCUGAGAUCCAGAAUGAACGUCCGCGUGUAGCCUACCUCUGUCGAUUUUAUGGCUUUGAGAAGGCGAAUAGAUUGGACCCCAAUUCCACUGGACGUGGUGUUCGACAAUUCAAGACUAGUCUCCAUCAAAGACUAGAACGGGACAAUGCAUCAAGUCUUCCUGUACGGGUCAAGAAGACAGACGCACAUGAAAUUGAAAGCUUUUACAAGCAAUACUACGAGGACUAUGUUUUGGCACUUAACAAGGGGGACCAAGCUGAUAGAGCUCAGCUUGGAAAAGCCUAUCAAACAGCUGGUGUGCUGUUUGAAGUUCUUUGUGCUGUUAACAAAACUGAAAGAGUUGAAGAAGUUUCUCCUGAGAUAAUGGCUGCAGCACAUGACGUCCAGGCGAAAAGGGAAAUAUAUGCUCCCUAUAACAUUCUUCCACUGGAUUCUGCAGGGGCCUCACAGUCCAUUAUGCAACUUGACGAGGUUAAAGCUUCUGUGUCUGCUUUACGGAACACUGUUGGCUUGUCCUGGCCUGCCUCAUUUGAGCAACAGCGGCAGAAAGCAAGGGAGUUGGACCUGCUUGAUUGGCUGAGAGCAAUGUUUGGGUUUCAGGCACGUCUUAGAGACAAUGUCAGGAACCAAAGGGAGCACUUGAUUUUGUUGCUUGGAAAUAUUCAUGCAAGGCUAAUCCCCAGGCCUGAACCACAAACAAAACUUGAUGAUCGAGCUGUUAAUGCACUCAUGAAUAAACUCUUCAAGAACUACAAGACCUGGUGCAAGUACUUGGGGAAAAAACACAGUUUAAGGCUCCCCGAGGGGAAGGAGGAAGUGCAACCAAGAAAGCUACUUUAUAUGGGCCUUUAUCUUCUUAUCUGGGGUGAAGCAGCUAAUAUGGCAUAUGAACUUCAUGGGCUCUUAGCUGGAAAUGUCAGCAUUGUUACUGGUGAAAACAUUAAGCCUUCUUAUGGUGGGGAUGAUGAAUCUUUCUUGCGGAAAGUUGUUACACCUAUUUACCGAGUCAUUGAAAAGGAAGCCAAAAAAGGAAAAAAUGGGAAAGCCCCCCACUCAGCCUGGUGCAAUUAUGAUGAUUUAAAUGAGUACUUCUGGUCAUCAGAUUGCUUUUCUUUGGGUUGGCCAAUGCGUGAUGAUGGUGAGUUCUUCAAAUCAAUUCGAGAUGUACCACAGGUAAAACGGGCUCCUCAGAGAAAACCUGGAAACCUGGGAAAGUCAUUCUUUGUGGAAACCCGGACAUUGUGGCAUACUUUUCGAAGUUUUGACCGUCUGUGGACCUUUUUUAUACUAGCUCUACAGAUCAUGAUUAUUAUUGCUUGGAGUAAAGUUUCUGUCUUCUAUAUCUUCGAGAAAAAUAUCUUAUACAACUUGUCCAGUAUUUUCAUCACAGCAGCUUUUCUUCGCUUUCUUCAGAGCAUCCUGGAUUUUGUUCUAAACUUCCCCGGAUAUCUAAGAUGGAAGUUCACUGAUAUUUUACGGAACAUACUAAAGAUAAUUGUCGGCCUUUCUUGGUCCAUCAUUCUUCCUAUGUGUUACGUGCCCCGAAAGAAUUCAAUGUCUUUUGGAAAAAUCAAAUAUAUCCUCACAUUCCUUGAUAACAGCAAUGGUGUGCCUUCUUUAUACAUCAUGAUGGUAGCUGUGUACCUGCUCCCAAAUUUAUUAGCAGCAGUGCUCUUUAUUUUUCCUAUGCUGCGGCGUUGGAUCGAGAACUCUGAUUGGCUUAUCAUAAGGAUGGUGGUUAUGGCGGCGCCACAAGCCGCCAUUGUGGCGGCCAUGGUGGGAUUUCAGUCUGCCGCCAUUUCCGCCAUCCGCCAUUGCCAAGAAUCUAUGUUGGAAGGGGAAUGCAUGAAAGUCAAUUUGCACUUAUCAACUAAGCAUAAUUAUGGAGCUGUUGUUGCGCUGUGGGCACCAGUUAUCCUUGUUUACUUCAUGGACACCCAGAUUUGGUAUGCUAUAUUCUCUACUUUUUGUGGAGGUUUUAUUGGUGCCUUCGAUCGUCUGGGCGAGAUUCGAACACUAGGAAUGCUAAGAUCACGCUUCCAAUCUUUACCUGGUGCAUUCAAUGCUAGUCUGGUGCCAUCUGACAAAGAUAGGAAGAAAGGAUACUCUCUUUCAAAGCACUUCCAUGAGGUCAAUGCCAGAAGUGAAGCUGCAAAAUUUGCUCAGUUGUGGAAUGAAGUAAUAUGUAGCUUCCGUGAAGAAGAUCUCAUAAGUGACAGGAAAAGCCCCUGGAACUACAAUGUCCCGGUAGCAGUAGAUAUGGCUGCUCAAUUUCGGUCAAAAGAUACCGACCUUUGGAAGCGUAUAAGUGUUGAUGAGUAUAUGAAGUGUGCUGUCAUUGAAUGCUACAAGUCUUUUCAAAUGGUACUGAAUGCCAUGAUUGUUGGAGAGACUGAGAAAAGGAUAAUUGCCAUUAUCAUAAAAGAGGUUGAAAGCAACAUAUCAAAGAACACUUUCCUUGCGAAUUUCAGAAUGAGGUUUUUACCCGAUCUCUGUAAGAAGUUUGUGGAACUUGUGGAGAUACUGAAAGAUAGUGAUCCAUCAAAGAAAGAUACAGUUGUUUUACUGCUGCAGGAUAUGUUGGAAGUAGUUAGCCGUGACAUGAUGGCGAAUGAGAUCCGUGAACUUGCUGAACUUGGUCAGGGAAGCAAAGAGUCUGGCAAGCAACUUUUUGCAAAUAUCAUGUAUCCUCCCCCAAAUACAGCACAAUGGGAAGAACAGAUACGGCGCCUUUAUUUGCUACUAACAGUUAAGGAAUCUGCAAUUGAUGUCCCAACAAACCUUGAAGCACGACGGAGAAUAGCAUUUUUUACGAAUUCACUUUUCAUGUAUAUGCCGCACGCUCCUCAAGUGCGAAAAAUGCUGUCAUUCAGAAUAAGCAAUAGUAGGAGCCGACAUGAAUCGCCUAGCGACACUUACUGCAAAAGCGAUGUCAGGAUGUAUUAUCGUGAAAUAAUUCAGAUUCCCCACAAGUCUUCAAUACCUACUAUGGUCAUGGAAUGUGUCAUGACUCCCUACUACAGUGAGGAGACUCUCUACUCAAAGAUUGACCUCGAAAUGGAAAAUGAAGACGGUGUGUCAAUUUUGUAUUAUCUACAAAAGAUUUAUCCAGAUGAGUGGAACAACUUCAUGGAACGUUUGAAUUGCAAAGAUUCUGAAAUUUGGGAAAACGAGGAGAACAUACUGCAGUUACGACAUUGGGCCUCCUUAAGAGGACAAACUCUUUGCAGAACAGUCAGAGGGAUGAUGUAUUACCGGAGGGCAUUGAAGCUUCAAGCUUUUCUAGACAUGGCUACAGAAGAUGAGAUACUUGAUGGCUAUAGAACUAUUACUGAACCAUCAGCAGCAGAUAAGAAGAACCAAAGAUCCAUGUCUACUCAGUUAGGCGCUAUAGCUGAUAUGAAGUUCACUUAUGUUGCUACUUGCCAAAACUAUGGGAACCAGAGGAGAAGUGGAGAUCGGCAUGCAACUGACAUUUUAAACCUGUUGGUUAACAAUCCUUCUCUUCGUGUAGCAUAUAUAGAUGAAGUUGAGGAACGAGAAGGCGGAAGAAAUCAGAAGCUUUAUUACUCUGUAUUGGUUAAAGCUGUAGAUAAUCUUGAUCAGGAAAUCUACCGUAUUAAGCUGCCUGGGUCAGCAAAGAUAGGAGAAGGGAAACCUGAAAACCAAAAUCAUGCUAUAAUUUUUACUCGUGGAGAGGCUCUUCAGACUAUUGAUAUGAACCAGGAUAAUUAUUUGGAAGAAGCUUUUAAAAUGCGUAAUCUACUUGAAGAAUUUAAUGAAGAUCAUGGGGUACGGCCACCUACAAUCCUAGGUGUUCGUGAGCAUAUUUUCACUGGAAGUGUCUCAUCGUUGGCUUGGUUCAUGUCAAACCAAGAAACAAGCUUUGUCACUAUUGGCCAAAGAGUUCUUGCAAGGCCUCUGAAAGUGCGCUUCCAUUAUGGACAUCCAGACGUUUUUGACCGAAUUUUCCACAUAACCCGAGGAGGCAUAAGCAAAGCUUCUAGAGGAAUCAAUCUUAGCGAGGACAUUUUUGCUGGUUUUAAUUCAACACUAAGACGUGGAAAUAUAACUCACCAUGAAUACAUUCAAGUUGGGAAGGGUCGCGAUGUAGGUCUCAAUCAGAUCUCGCUUUUUGAAGCCAAAGUUGCAUGUGGUAACGGGGAGCAGACCCUCAGCCGUGAUAUCUACAGAUUAGGGCAUCGGUUUGACUUCUUCCGCAUGCUGUCAUGUUACUAUACAACCACUGGUUUUUAUGUGAGCUCAAUGUUGGUGGUCCUUACAGUGUAUGCUUGCUUGUAUGGUAAGCUCUAUCUUUCAUUAAGUGGACUCGAGAAGACAAUAGUCAGAUUUGCAAGAGCUAAAGGAGAUGAUGCUCUUACGGCUGUCAUAGCCUCUCAAUCCAUUGUUCAACUUGGUAUCUUGAUGACAUUGCCCAUGAUUAUGGAAAUUGGAUUGGAGAGAGGCUUUAGAACUGCAGCUGGUGACAUUAUAAUCAUGCAACUCCAACUGGCAGCUGUCUUUUUUACUUUCUCCCUUGGCACAAAGCUCCAUUACUUUGGCCGAACACUUUUGCAUGGUGGGGCCAAAUACAGGGCCACUGGUCGUGGUUUUGUGGUUAAACACGAAAAGUUUGCCGAGAAUUACAGAAUGUACUCAAGAAGUCAUUUCACGAAAGCUCUGGAGCUGAUGACUCUGCUUAUUGUUUAUCAAGCUUAUGGGAAACCUACUCCAGACUCUAUGAGUUCUCUUGCCCUCACCUUCUCAAUGUGGUUUCUCGUUAUUUCCUGGUUGUUUGCUCCCUUUCUUUUCAAUCCAUCGGGAUUUGAAUGGCAAAAGAUAGUGGAGGACUUUGAGGACUGGACUAAGUGGAUAAGUAACCAUGGUGGUAUAGGUGUCCCAGCUACCAAGAGUUGGGAAUCAUGGUGGGGUGAGGAGCAAGAACAUCUCCAAUACACUGGUUUUUCAGGGAGGUUUUGGGAAAUCAUACUGUCUCUCAGAUUCUUCUUGUACCAGUAUGGAAUUGUUUAUCAGUUGCAUGUAACCCAGCAUGACAAAAGUAUCCUGGUUUAUGGUUUGUCUUGGCUGGUUAUUGUAGCUCUAAUGAUCAUCUUAAAGAUUGUGUCCAUGGGGAGAAAGAAAUUUAGUGCCGAUUUCCAGCUGAUGUUCAGACUUCUGAAGCUAUGCAUGUUCAUUGCCUUUGUGGUCGGACUCAUUAUCUCCCUUAAAUUUCUCGAGCUCACGGUUGGAGAUAUUUUCGCGAGCUUGCUAGCUUUCUUGCCAACCGGAUGGGCACUUCUGCAGAUAGGACAAGCUUAUAGGCCAGUGGUCAAGGCAUUUGGAAUGUGGAACUCGAUUCAAGCUCUUGCGAGAGGUUAUGAGUACCUUAUGGGAUUUCUCAUCUUUGCUCCUGUUGCAAUUCUUGCCUGGUUCCCGUUCGUCUCUGAGUUCCAAACAAGGCUGCUUUUCAAUCAAGCCUUCAGCAGAGGUCUGCAAAUUCAGCGUAUUCUGGCUGGUGGAAAGAAGAACAAAUGAGUUGGUUAAUGUGCGUGUAAAAUCUCAUGCAAUGUGAAUUUUGUUAACAUUGCUAUUGGGGUAUUCUAUUUCUGGACUGUACGAAAUAGUGCCUCCAAUCUGACUCGGUUUCGAAAGUGCAAAAAUCGUAUGUGUACAUUGUGCAACUUCUGGGAACGUGUAUAUACAGGUCGAUAUGCAUGAUAAUCUUUUUGUAUAGAAUAUCUGUAUGGCAAUCGGAGGAUAGAGUUCAGCAAACGCAUAAGUUCAUGUUAGUCUCCUGAUCAAUAUAAGGCAUCUAAUGGUUAGUCGUUUCUUAAUGGCCUAUGUUAACUAUUAUAUAGGCCCAACCCAUAUAUACUUAAGCCCUAAGUCUAUAUAUAUGGGCAUCCUCACGUGUGGAUAUUCAUUCAUUCAUAAACCCUAAGGUUUGUAACACUGUUAACUAUUAUAUAGGCCCAAACCAUGUAUACUAAGCCCUAAGUCUAUAUAUAUGGGCAUCCUCACUUGUGGAUAUUCAUUCAUUCAUAAACCCUAAGGUUUGUAACAUGGUAUCAGAGCUUGUUUAAUACGCGAGUAUAAUAAUAUCUACUGAAAAAUAUAUAUAUAUAUUUUUUUUGGUACAACUGAAAAAUUAAAUUUCAAUUAAGUGAAAGUGAAAAAUUAAACCAU